UUUAUUUCCAGAUCAUUAACCUUCAAGUAUCCCCAUAUGCAAGCUUCGUCUGUAACUAACGUUUAAAGUCACGGAUAUAAUACCGAGCUGUUUACUCUAGUGCAUAGAACACUGGGCAAUCACGUGAUUCCUCCAAGAGGUCAGCAUGCUCUGGCUGUAGCUGCAGGAAGAAGGGCAAUGAACAGGAAAAUAGUGUUACAGCUGGAACGCUUGGUUUGUCUCCAUAAUACCUGCCGCCAGUUGCACGCACUAUGCCUUACCAAAGCAGCCAAGACACCGCAGAAACUGGUGCAGAGCACAUCACAGACCAUCACCACUGCACAACUCUGCCGUAAUCCCUGCCGCAGCUUGUAUACCAAAGAGGACAAAUAUUCAAAGAAGCAUAAACUUUUCCCAAUCAAGUCAAAACAAGAAAAGCAAGUGGUGGAAAUAUGGCAAAACAUGACAAUCCGUGAGCUAGCAAAGGCCAUGGAUAAAGAUGUAGAUCACGUGUACGAGGCUCUUCUACAUACAAACCUUGAUUUGGACUCUUUGGAUGAAAACUCUGUCCUGAGUGAAGAAUGGGUGAGAGAGGCGAUUAAAAAAUCUGGUAUGAAGUUGAAAUGGGCGAAAACGAAACAAGAAAAGGUCAGAGAGAACAAAGAUGCUGUGAAAAGGCCUCUCUCAGAUCCUUCCAUGUUAGUUCCCAGGCCUCCUGUGGUUACCAUAAUGGGACAUGUUGAUCACGGAAAAACAACCCUUCUUGACCAGCUAAGGAAAACCCAGGUGGCUGCAAUGGAGGCAGGAGGCAUCACACAACAUAUUGGGGCAUUUAACGUUUGUUUACCGUCGGGAGAGAAGAUCACAUUUCUCGACACACCGGGACAUGCAGCGUUUUCUGCCAUCAGAGCAAGAGGGGCGCAAGUUACAGAUAUUAUUAUAUUGGUGGUGGCAGCAGAAGAUGGCGUAAUGAAACAGACCGUAGAAUCCAUUCAGCAUUCUAAAAACGCUAAAGUUCCCAUAAUUCUUGCCGUAAACAAGUGUGACAAACCUGAAGCCGACCCUGACCGAGUAAAGCAAGAGCUCCUGGCCCAUGAUAUCGUUUGUGAGGAAUUUGGGGGUGAUAUCCAGGCUAUACAUAUAUCUGCUCUAAAGGGCGACAACUUACAAGCCUUAGCUGAAGCCACUGUGACAUUGGCCGAAGUUCUGGAAUUAAAAGCUGACCCUACGGGCCCUGUGGAAGGAGCUGUUAUUGAGUGUCGCACAGACAAAGGGAAAGGGCCAGUCACCACUGCCAUUGUGCAGAGAGGAACUCUCAAGAAGGGUGCUGUGUUGGUGUCUGGUAAAUCCUGGGCAAAAGUGCGUCUGAUGUUUGAUGAAAAUGGAAUCAGUUUGAAUCAGGCUUGUCCCAGCAUGCCUGUGGAGAUUGUAGGCUGGAAAGAUCUGCCGUCCGCUGGGGAUGAAAUUCUGGAAGUAGAAUCAGAGCAACGUGCUCGGGAAGUUGUUGAAUGGAGAAAGUUUGUGGAAGAGCAGGAGAAAAUUAACGAGGAUAUGGAAGUUAUUGAAGCCAAACAACAAGAGCACCGAGAAGCUUACAGGAAGAACUUGGAGUCAUUCAGCAAUAUGACUUGGAGACAAAGGAAGUCCGCAAUGUAUAAAGCUAAUAAACAUGCAAUGAACAGCAGGGUGGCAGAGAGGACAGAGACUGAGGAUCUGACCUUCCCCAUCAUUAUAAAAGGUGAUGUUGACGGAUCGGUGGAGGCAGUCCUUGGUAUCAUAGACUCCUACGAUGCAGAAGAUCAGUGUGAGCUUGACUUGGUUCACUUUGGAGUUGGUGAUGUUAAUGAGAAUGACCUUAAUCUUGCAGAAACAUUCAAAGCUCAUAUAUACGGCUUUAACGUGAGCACAAACAAAGCUGUUCAGCAACUUGCGGCCAAAAAAGACAUCCCAGUAAAACUGCAUAAAGUCAUUUACCAUCUAUUUGAAGAUAUGAAAAAAGAGCUCAACAAUAAAUUGCCCCCAAUAAUAGAAGAAACGAUAAAAGGAGAGGCAGCUGUACUGGCAACCUUCGAUGUAACCGUAGGAAAAAAGAAAGUCCAAGUAGCCGGCUGCCGAGUCCAGAAAGGAGUUCUAGAUAAGAAACUCAAAUUUAAAUUACAACGUAAUGGAAAUGUUCUAUGGGAAGGAAAUGUAACAUCUCUUAAGCACCACAAAGACGAUGUCCAGUCAGUGAAAACUGGUGUAGAAUGUGGUCUAAGCCUGGAUAAAGACACGGAGGUGAAGGUUGGAGAUGAAAUAUUGUGUGUUGAAGACAAAGAGGUCCAGCAGGAGAUAUCAUGGGACCCUGGAUUUUAAUUGGGCCUUUAUUGGGAACCAGCGUGGUUACAAUUGAAUGCUGUCAUUGUUCUGGUAAAUAUGUCCUGGCCGUGCUGAGCCAGACUGGAUGCCAGAGUUGGAAACACCUACGGUCAAUGAAAGGAUCCAGAAUUCAGAGAUGAAAUUUCUUGUAACCGCAUCCAUGAAGCCAUUUUGUUUUUGGUCAUAUAUCAAUGUAUCAGAUUUCUGGUUGGGUAAUAUGGACUUUAAGGAUGAGGAUGGAAAAAUACACCACUCAAACACUGUGCAAUAAGUCAUGCUAUUAGCAAUUGGAUAAUUUAUUGAUGUUGCUUUUUUUGUUUUUUUU